AUCCAGAAUGGAAGAACAAAAACAUAUGCAAGGACCAAGCAAAAAAUCUAGAAAAAUCACCCAGAGAUGGACCAGCCAAGAACACCAAAUUUUAGUUAAUUUAGAGAAAGAACAGGACGGAGAUUCAGAAAUUAUCCCUGUCUCUAACACUAAGCCAAUUGAGAAGUCAUGCCCAAAACGAUUUGGACAGAAUUAAGAAGGAGUUUAAUAUCUCUAAUCCUGCAAGAUACGUUAUGGAUGAGCAAGUUCAAGAAAACAAUGUAGUGGAUCAAGAUCCUGCUUUUCCUGUAAUACCAACUCUGACUAAAUAUGAAGAAUUUGUCAGUGAAGUUGGCAUCCACUCGAAUAAACAUAAUAGUAUGAGGAACCAUACUUAUCCAAACCACUAUGAACGCCUGAAGCGAAAAUAGAAAUAGUCAAGAAGGGUCAUAUGGCCAAUCUUCAGAGCAAAGACUCCAGUCUUCUAAUAAAUAUUUUAAAGACUCUAAUGGGCUUCCUCAAGGGACUUCUACAACUCAAGACUCUGCUUACGUGUGCCUGAAUGGAGGAGAUGUAAUGAUCCGUGCUAAUGAAAUUGAAACUGUAAUUCCCUGAGAUAUCCAGAAAAGGGCACUCCCUAGUGGCAAGCAAAUAGCCCAGAUUUAUCCAAAUCAGCAUGUCAAAAUCUUGAUUUUACCUAUGGAGGUACAUCGAAGCUCAAUGGCUUUUGAUCAUAAGAUGAAAGAGUUCACACAUACUGAUGAAGGUGUACAACAGCAAAGGCCUUUAUCUGGGUUCAUGGCUAAACUCAGUCCUUUCCAUCAAGGUCUCAUGCAAACAUUAGGGAAUCUAUAUUGUCUCAAAGAGUAUGGCGUGAACUGUUUUCAGGAUUCAAAUGAGCAAUCCAGCUAUCCAAAUAGCAGUGCCUUAGCUGAAAUAGGGGAUGGAAUUGAGAGCUAUCUGUCAUCUUCUCUAAGCAGGCACCACUGAAGGCAAGGUAUUCAAGGGAGCCAAGGCAACCCUAACAACUCUCAAGAAGUCGUGCAUAGUGAGACAAACCGAGACUUCUUCAGUAGCUUUGAAGUGCCUAAGAAGCGCUCUCAGUCAGAUGAAGUGCAAAAGAGGUUACAAUUGUAG